UUAUUUCUUGCGAGACAAACACUGCCUCAAUGAUUCUGGGGAAAACUCUUCCGUAAAUUGUGUAAUUUCCGCCAUACAACGAGGGCAGAAUAAAAAAGAAAAGAGAACACGAUAGGUUGUUCUACACUUCACAUUGUACGAUGGUGGCUAAAACUGGCUCCUCGAGAGUUUGGAAGGGGCUGUAGUUUUUUGAGCAGAGAGGAUGGUCGACUUUGCUCUCAUGAAGGACCUGAAGAACCCUAAUAAGCCUUUAAAUUUGUUCUCUUCGCAUCUGGGAAAAUUAGAAUCUCCAGUUGUUCGUUAUGCUUUCUUCCCACCACACUGGAGAAUCGCUUCUGCAUCGAAGUUGGCUGCUGCUUCUUCGAUUCGUUGCGCUUCUUCCCCCGCCCAACGUCCUCUUAGACUUGCAGUGCUUGGAGCUGGCUUUGCCGGAUUAUCUGUGGCUUGGCAUCUCUUAGAGCUGGCAUCAAAAGAUUUGAGUCUAUGCAUCGAUAUUUAUGAUGAAGUUGGCAUUGGGGGUGGUGCUUCCGGGGUUGCUGGAGGAUUGGUUCAUCCUUAUUCCCCUAAAGCUAAGCUUCUGUGGAAGGGCGCCGAGUGCUGGAAGGAGUGCUUAAAGCUGUUAAACAUUUCAGAAGCAUCUGUGUCAUCUAGGGAGUCAAAGAAUCUGUCUCGAGAUAACUGUCAUGAUGAAUUACUAGUUUGGAGAAGGGGCAUCUUGAGACCAGCUACAACCUUGAGGAAUGUGGAUAUACUGAAUGAGAAUGCACAGAACUGUCUUGGAGAAUGCAGGAUAGAAUCAAUAGAUAAGGAAGCUGCUAGCAAUCUCAUACCUAAUAUGUGCAUGCCUUACAACUCUGCCAUUUAUAUGCCUGAAGCCAUAAAUAUCAAUCCUCAACCCUAUCUUAAGGCACUCUUCUUUGCAUGCAAAAAACUAACAGAAGAGUCAACAGCAUCAGGCUAUGGAGGAAAAAAAAUUUAUUUGCACAAGAUGUCUGUCAACAGGCUCCUUGAACUAGGAGGGGAAUACAAUGCAGUGAUUAUCUGUCUAGGCGCCAAAGCAGAUAUGCUUCCAGAGCUGUCAGGGAAGCUCCCUUUGAGGACAUGUAGAGGUGUCAUUGCUCACCUACAGCUGCCUCAAGAUAUAAGAGAUGAAUAUGGGGAACAUAGCCCAUCAAUUUUGUCUGAUGCAUGGAUUGCUGCCCGGGGGCGUCGCAAUCUGGUUAUGGGCUCAACAUGGGAGUGGAGGUCAAGAAAUUAUUCACCUAAUGUCUCUGCAGACGAAGCUUCAAUGGCCCUUGAAGAGCUUGUACCAAAGGUAUCUGCUGUGUACCCUGGUAUACAGAAUUGGACUCUCACUGAAGCAAGAGCAGGUGUCAGGGCCAUGCCACCAAAAACUCCUAUUGGGUCACUGCCUCUUUUGGGUUGUAUUGAUGAUUUUGUCAAUGGAGAUCACAGGUGUAAACACUGGUUGUUUGGAGGACUGGGUUCAAGAGGCCUUCUCUAUCACGCAUGGCUUGGAAAAAUAAUGGCACAAGCUGUGCUUUCUUGUAAUGAAAGCUUAAUCCCUUCAGAAUUAACCUCAUGGAGAAAGCUCCAAUGAUUAUUAUUGAGAAAUGGAAGGAAUCUAGUCUCCCGUAUUUUAUAUAUUGGAAGCCCAUCAAAUAGUCAAAACAUACUAGCUUGUGAAGGAAUAAAGGAUGAGCUACUGCACAACCCAAGGAUAUUGUUUGUUGCAUUUAUAUGGUUUGACUUGUGACCAUGGAAGUAUAGCCCUUUUGUUGGAUUUGGAUCCUCUUUAACUCCUUUUUCGUCCGACUC